CAACGGAUGGCGGAUAGCAAAAGUGCGGGCUCGGAGGUAUUGCACACUGACACCAAUGGUUACAGCAAGAAAUCAUCACUCAGUCUUCAAGAAGCUUUUCUCAAUUUUCGUAAGCGACGUAUGAAAGAAUUACGGAAUUCACUGAAAGCAGCUGAACGAGAGAAAGCUCUUGUUGAUGAGUCAUGUAUUGCCAUUCUGAGACAGAAAUUUGUUGAUCAAGCAAAGCAAUACCUCGGUGUACCGUAUGCCAAGAGAUACCAUGAACCAGGCUCUCCACAUUAUGAUUCACCAUUGUUUCUUGACUGCUGUGGGUUGGUGAGGAGAGUUGUCAGGGAUUUAAAAGAAGAUUUAGGGUUUGACAUUGGAAGAUGGAAUCAAUCAUAUCAAUUUGACACUUUACCAAUUAAACUUGAUCGUGUUGAAGCUAUGAAGCCUGGAGAUUUGGUUUUUGUUUCAGCCAUCUAUUACAACGAGAAAAAGAAAAAGCAACAUCACAACAUGGUUCAUGUAGAAAUCUGGUUGGGAGAAGGAGAGAAAACAAUUGGAGCUCGUUGGCAGAGACAGCAUGUACAGAUCCACGACUCAUACCAGUACGUCUCUAAAUCAUAUCAUAGCAUGCGGUAUCACUUUCGUUCUAUUGAAACGUGGUUGAAAGGAAUUUGUCGGAGUUACUGCUCCGAGCAUUCUUGGGCAUCUUCUACUCACUUUAUUCCAGGAUCUCGUUCGAUAUUUUCUCUUGAUUGUUUUGAGGAAGAUGAAGAUGCAGAAGACAGUGAAAGUGAAGACAAACCAGGAGGAAGUGGUGGAGAAAAACCAAUUGAGCUUACUGAAACUGAUGGUGAUUUGUGCUUACGUGACAAGACUGUAAAGAAAGGAGCAACACCAACAACAUCAGCCCGUCAGCCAAGAUCUCCGAUUAGACGAAUGUCAAGGAAACGACCGUCUACCAAACCAUCAGCUCCUACAUUUUACAUUGGAGGAGGAAAUGGCGUAUCUUUAGUGGAAGGUGCAUUAUUGGGCAUGGGAUGGAAACGAACAGAUGAUCGUUUCAGCACCGAUUUUACACUGAAAUGGGUGGAGCUCAAGAGACAAAUUAACUACAGAGAAUUUAAAGAAGGGCAGCAGUUGGUCAAUCACAUUUCAAACAUAAAUAUGCUGACAACAAAGAUAGGACUAUUAGACAGCUUGCGAGAUUACUGUCAGUUAAAAGGAAGAAGAGCAAGACCUUCUCUUACUUUAUCUGAAUUUGUUCCUGAGACAUACAAACUAGACCUGAAGAGUGAAAGAGAAGUUUUUUAUGGGACUUUUAAAGAUGGUGAUGUUUGGAUUUGUAAGCCAACAGGGUCAAACCAGGGCAAAGGGAUUUUCUUGGUAAAAAAUCUAGACAAGUUUCGUUUGGACGUUGAGGCUGGAGUGGAAGCAACUCUUAAUGGACGACGGUCACGUCUUUCUUCAAGAAUAGUGCAAAGGUAUAUUCAGUCACCUUUAUUGCUAUGUGGGAGAAAGUUUGACAUUCGAGCAUAUCUUCUUAUUGCUCACACAACUCCAUAUGUUGUCUUUUAUCAUCAUGGAUAUGUCCGUCUUUCACUGCAGCAAUACAGUGUUACGAGUUCAGAGUUAGCUGCUCAUCUUACAAAUCAGUAUGUGCAAAAGAGAGAUCCUCUGUAUAGCGACAUGAAAGAAGAUACAGUAUGGACAUUUGAGCAACUGCAGAAGUAUUUGAAUGCUAACUUGGCAACAGCGAAGAAUCUUCCAAGUGACUGGGUUUUCACACAGUUUACAAAACAAAUGCAGCACAUUAUGUUGUCUUGUUUUCAUUCUGUGAAGCACAAGCUAGAGUGUCGUCUUGGAUUUUUUGAGCUCUUGGGAUUUGACUUCAUGAUUGACAGUGAGAUGAAAGUUUGGCUUAUUGAAGUGAACAUUAAUCCUGCUCUUCACACUAACUGUAAUGGUCUCAAGCAAGUCAUUCCUCCUCUCGUCACUGAAACAUUACAUGUUGUUGUUGAAUUGUUUGAGAAAUCUCGUCAUCGCCAGCCUCUUUUUCCUAUAUCUUCAUACUCCAACUUGCAGUUGCUGCAUCAGGAGACAGGCUUGAAAUGUACUCCAUCAGUUAUGUCAACAUUACAUCAUCACGUGGUACCAGAGACUGCUGGUGGUGAUGCUCGGUGUCACUCUGAUGAAACUGUACAAAUUGAAUCUCAGUUGGUGGCAUAAUUCCAUUUUGCCAGGUGCAUGGACAUGUUGUAAUAUAUUUGUCUUCAUGUUCAGACAAUUGUUUGCUUGAUCUUAUUUUUAUUUAAUAGAACAGCAUUUUUGUAAGCAAGUCAUGAUAUUACGUGACAAAGAUGUACACGCAGAGCUGAGGCAUAGUAGAUUCUGAGAUGCACAA